AUGCAAGACGGCAGCUUGCUGACAGUAGAUCCCGCAGAGCCCCAAGAAAGACAGGGCAGGUCACGGCCACGAUCAAUCUCUCGAAAAGAGCGCAGAAAAGCCGACCGAUCUCAAAAGAAGCAACACCGCGGCUCUUCAGCCCAGCAACAUGCCAGGGAUCGGCUACCGGCUGACAACGACAGCCCACCCCCGCCGAAGAGACGGAAAACAGGGCAGGAACCCGCACCACAAGUCGCACCUCCGAAGUCGAUCCUGAAGAAGCAGAAAUCAAGAGAAGAGCACUUUGCGGCUGAUGAUGGUUCCUUUGACGACGAUAGCGAUUCCUCCCAAGAACCGGACGUCCCAUUACGGACGAAGAAGGUCCCUAGAGCGACUCGCGAUAAGUUGGCUGAAGAUGACGCCGAGAUUGCAGCAUUGGAGUCCAAACUAGGUCUCAAGGGUCGAAAAUCGCUGCCCAAGUCUUUCUACGAUGAAGGACUGGGCGAUCUGCUGGAAGAUCUGGGAAGUGAAAACGAGGAUGGCGAGACUGCGGAACGAAGAAAGAUCAAGGCCGAGGCAGACGAGUGGCUCGCACAGAAGAGGAGGAACCGCCGAGUGUCUGAGCUGCAGCAAGCACAUCCUAGCUCCGAAGAAGAGGAAGAAGGCAUGGGUGAUCUUGAGGACGAUUUUGGUGACAGUGACAGCUUAGGUCUCGGCUCUGGCUCAUCAGAAGCAGAACUCGACGAGGAAGAGGAGCACGAAGGUCUUGAAGAUGGAUCUGAAAGCGAAGAUGAGCUCGAGGGUAUCGACUCAGAUACUGCAGCCGCAGAGGACACCCAGCCUCGAAUACGUGAAAACCCCUAUGUUGCACCGUCAACAGGACCCAAUGUUGCAAAAUAUGUGCCUCCGGCUCGGCGCGUGGAGACGGGAUCAGAUGCCGAAUUGGUGUCUCGAAUUCGCAGGCAGACUCAGGGGCUGGUCAAUCGACUCACCGAAUCCAACCUGGUAUCUAUUCUCGGUGAUGUCGAGAAACUUUACAGAGACUAUCCUCGACAGCAUGUCACAAACGUCCUCGUCGAGGUGCUACUAGUCCAGGUAGCCGAGCCCACCAGCUUGCCUGAUACUCUCCUGAUUCUGAUAGCGGGAUUCGCCGCUGCGACUUACAAGGUCAUUGGCAUGGAUUUCGGUGCCUUUCUUGUCCAGCGCGUAGUGGAGACAUUCAAGGAGUACCAUGUCAAAGCCAGCACGCUCUAUGCAACGCCGCAAGACAUCACCAAAGAGACAUCAAACCUUAUCACACUAAUAUCGGAAUUCUACAACUUCCAGCUGAUAGCUUGCGAUUUAGUUUUUGAUUACGUGCGAUUACUACUGGGAGACUUAUCCGAACUUCAUGCUGAGUUGCUCCUGCGAAUCAUCCGAAUGUGUGGGCCACAACUUCGUCAGGAUGACCCUUUAGCUCUGAAGGACAUUGUCUCCCUUAUACGACCUGCUGUCGCAAAGAUUGGGGAGGCGAACAUAUCCGUUAGAACGAAGUUCAUGAUUGAGACCAUCAAUGAUCUAAAGAAUAACAAGCUCAAAGCUGGAGCCAGUGCGUCAGCAGUCAUCUCAGAGCACUCAACCAGGAUGAAGAAGCUGCUUGGAUCGUUGACUUCGAGGAAACUCAAGGCCACGGAACCCCUACGCAUCAGUUUGAAGGAUAUCGAAGAUUCAGACAAGAGAGGGAAAUGGUGGCUUGUUGGAGCUAGUUGGGCGGGGCCAUCAGGCCACGGACAGGUAGGAGAAGGCUCUAGGAAAACGCCUGAAGCGAAUGAAGACAACGAUGAGCUGCAAUUAGAUGACGAAGAAGCCGGUCCUGAUCUCUCCGCUCUUGCCAGGGAGCAGAUGAUGAAUACAGAUGUGCGACGCUCCAUAUUCGUUGCUAUCAUGUCAGCUGAGGACUACGAGGAUGCUUACAUUCGCCUGCUCAAGCUCCACCUCAACAAAGACCGUCAAAAGGAGAUUGCCAACGUGCUAAUACAAUGCGCUGGUGCCGAACAGCAAUAUAAUCCUUACUACGACCUGAUUGCGAAAAAGCUAUGUGGCGAUCGCAAGGUGCGUUACACUUUUCAGGAUUGUCUAUGGAAGCUCUUUCGGCGGUUGGGCGAAUCCAUCUUUGGAGAAGAAGCAGAAGACGAGGAAGAGGGAGAUGAGUUGGUGGACAUGCGCCGCCUUGUCAAUGUGGGGAGGAUGUUCGGCUCACUCAUAGCGAGUGGUACACUGGGGCUGAGCAUUCUGAAGUGUCUGAACAUGGCCUACCUCCGACCCAAGACUCGGGCGCUCCUCGAAGUGAUGCUGAUUACACUCCUCGUGGAUGCGGAGAAAAGACAGGGUGAGGCGACGGAGAAGAUUUUCAAGUCGAUAGGAGACUCUCCGGAGCUUUGCAGAGGCUUGCAGUACUUCUUGAACAAGGUCGUCCGCAAGUCGGAUCUUGUUAGCAAGGCUGAGGUUAGAGCUGUCAAAAAGGGGUGCAAGGUGGCACACACGGCUCUUGACAGCGUCAUGGUGGCGGACGAGGCAGACUAG